CUCCCUCGGGGCCCGAGGCACCUGCAGGAAGGGGAGCAGCCAAUGGGCAAGACCAGCUAGGGCGGAAAACAAAAGCUGCCCCGUCAUCUUUGCCGCCGAGACCAUGGCUGCAGACAGCCCUGCCGAAAGUUUCCGCGACGAAGCCUCCUGCUCCAUCUGCCUGGGCUUCUUCCAGGACCCCGUCUCCAUCCAUUGCGGUCACAACUUCUGCCGGGCAUGCAUCACCCGUUGCUGGGAGGAAGCCGAGGAGAAUUUCGCCUGCCCUCAGUGCAAAGAGACGGCCCCGCAGAGAAACCUGAGACCUAACCGGGAGCUGGCAAAAAUCAUCGAGAUAGCCAAGCGGCUGAGCUUGCAGGCAGCUAAAGGAGGGGCAGGGGGGGAGAAGCUGUGCGAGAAGCACCAGGAAGCUCUGAAACUCUUCUGUGAGGAGGACCAGACCCCCAUCUGCCUGGUUUGCAGAGAGUCCCAGGCUCACCGGGUCCACGCCGUGGUCCCCAUCGAGGAGGCUGCGGAGGAGCACAAGGAGAAAUUCCAGGCUCAUGUGCAGAUCCUGAAGGACAGGAGAGAAAAGCUGCUGGGGCUGAAAGUGGCUGAGGAAGCAAAAAGCCAGGAAUUCCUCGAACAAGUGGAAAUGGAGAGGCAGAAAAUUGUGUCUGAAGUCAAGGAACUGCACGAGUUCGUGGAGGGACAGGAACGUCUCCUCUUGGACCAGCUGGCAAAGCUGGACCAGGAGAUCAUGAGGAGACAGGAGGAGAACAUCAACAGGCUCUUGGAGGAGAUCUCCUCCAUCGGCAAGCAGAUCGGUGAACUGGAGGAGAAGUGUCAGAAGCCAGCGUGUGAAUUCCUGCAGGAGAGCAGAAACAUCUUGAGCAGGCUUGAGAAGGACGUGGCCCAGAAGCCAGAAGAGACAUCGCCUGAGCUGGGAGAGAAACCCACCGGUCUUCCUCAGAAAAAUAUUGCCCUCAAAGAGAUGCUGAUGAAAUUUCGAGUAAGUUUGACGCUGGAUCCAGAGACAGCGCAUCCCCGGCUCGUCCUAUCCGAGGAUCGCAAGUGCGUGAGAUGGGAAGACACCCGCCAGCCCGUACCCGACAACCCCAAGCGUUUCGACUCGUCUCGCUGCGUCCUGGGCUGCGAGGGUUUCGACACGGGGAGGCAUUACUGGGAGGUGGAGGUGGGCGAUGGGGAAGCCUGGGCGGUUGGGGUGGCCAAGGAGUCGGUGAGGAGGAAGGGACGGAUCAGCGUCAAUCCCAAGGUGGGGAUCUGGGCGGUGGGGCAGUGUGGGAGCCAGUACCAAGCUCUCACCUCUCCUACCAUCCCCAUCUCCCUGCUCGCUGCCCCCAAAGUGAUUGGGAUUUACCUGGACUACGAGGCGGGGCGAGUGGCGUUUUUCGACUCCAAUAAUGAGGCACCGAUCUUCGCCUACCCCCCGACAUCCUUUGCAGGGGAGAGAAUCCUCCCCCUUCUCUGCCUGGGGAGGGGGUGCCAGUUCACACUCUCCCCAUGA